UUGUUCGUGAACUUGACUUUAGAACAACUUCUUUAAACGAUCGGUGAUUUUCUUCACUUCUUGAAGUUAGCGUUGUUCUUUGUUUGUACGUUUGCUCGAGGUUCUUUCGUUGCUCGCGGUGUGGUUACUAAAAACCAACCGUCCGUCUUCAAAUCGUUCUCAGUGUUCUGUGAUCAGUUCUUCAAGAAAGAAGAAAGUGUCGUCCGAAGACAAAAAGACUCUCAGCAACAUACCCUCGAUCGAAUCCAAGUGACAAAAAAUAUCCUAUUGCGGUGAAAACUGUGUAGAACGUACAAAAAGUCUCAUUCUUUGCGGUUGUCCUUUUUAGUUCAAUCGGGUGUUGACUUUAUCGCGGUUUAUUUGUUUGUUUGAAUAGGCGACGAAAUCAACGGAAAAAUAGACUCGUAGAAAUGGCAAAACUUGUUCUUGUGUUCUGUUGUGCCGUGCUGGCUUGUGUUGCAGCUCAACGUAUAACGACCAUUCAACUGGAUGGCGUCCAAUACUUCAUCAGCCGGAUGAACCCUUACUCGCCUGAAUUGAAUUAUUUCCUCGCAUACCAAUAUUGUAGAUCACUAGGAUUGCAGUUGGCAUCAUUCGAAACAAAAGAAAAAGUCGAGUCUAUGUCCACAUACCUGCAGAAUGCAGGCUAUAGUAAAUAUGACUUCUGGACAUCAGGAAAUCGACUUGGAACGGGAAUGUUUAUUUGGAUGAGCACCGGAUUACCUUUCAAUGCCACAUUUGAUUUCUUCGAAAAUGCCGAAGACUCCGCCAAGGCUGGUCUUUUGGAUCCUGUUGAUCACAACAGCAACACAACCCCACAAAGAACUGCUCGCGACAGUAGCAUCGCCCUUACCAAGAACUGUGUCAUGAUGCGUGGACCAAAUCUACGAUGGGUUCCAGAAGAUUGCUCCGUUGUGAAAGACUUCAUUUGCGAACAAACCAGAUGUUACUAUUACAAUUACGGAAGCAUUCCAGUCUCAUCGGCGCAGGGACGUCCAAUCACAUCAACAACAGCCCGUCAACCAAUCCCCUACACCACCACACCCCUUCCAGAUAUCCUUUCAAGUACUCUAGCUUCCGUGCUCGCCAGACGCAACAACGUUGAAGAUGCUCCUUUGGCAAAAUCCGCUUCCGUAGAAACAGCAAAUGCAUUGGAUGAAGCCAGCAACAACGAAGACCAACCUGAAGAAGAACAAGCCGCCAAGGAUGAAGAAGAAGUCCCCGUAUCAGAUGAAGAGCCGGUUGAAGAGCAUGAACAAGAGGAGGAAGUAGUCGAAUCUGAAGAGGAGGAAGAAGCCCGCAGCCUUCAUGCAGAAAACGACAAAGAAGUUGAAGUGGUUCAAACAAUCGACGAAUCUCCAGAGGGACCAGCUGUAAAAGCCAAGGCUGCUGAAGAUCAACCAUCAGUCGAACAACGAUUAAAGCAGAUCUCUGAACAAAUUGAAAAACUAGGCAGCGGUGAAAACAACGACGGCGAUUUGGGACACCAAAGCUUCCUCUCACUUUCCGACUUGAUCAAAACUCUCCGGCCAAAUGACAAGAAGGGUCCUCAAAUCGAUUCAGACUACUCAAACACAAUGCGAGUCCUUGGCGAAAAAUCAUCAAUAGUUAGUAGUGGAAGCGAUGAAUCCAGGAAGCUCAAAGAAACAUCCGCGGAAGCUAAUCGAGCCUUAUUCUAGACAAGUCAUCCUCUAUCGCGAAUAAAUUUUUCAACUAGAGUUCACCCGUCAUAUAAUCCGUCAUUACUCAGCACGCUUGGACGGAGGAAUGUAUAUUCACUAUAAAUGAGUUCUAGGAAUCAGAACCCUGCUUGAGCAAAAGUUCGCAUUCCUAGCACCCAUUUUAAUAUAAUUCAUUUCGGCAAUGUACGUUUCUCUGUCGAGCUACUAACCCCAUCAUUGGUCUCAUUGUCAUCUUAUUCGCAAGUCAUUGCAACAUUGCACCUUGCACCAUGUCAUCCAUAACAAAUCUUUGCGCUUGGGUUUUCAUAACGGCUUAUAAUGAAAUUUUCACUUUAAUGCAAUACACGUUUGGUGGCUUUCCGAACGUAGGGAAGGGCGUCAGCAAAUUUAAGCAAAUAGGAUUAACUAUUAAAACACUACAGGAAAAUUAAGAGUAACUUUUCACAAUUCCAAAAUAUUUUGCAAGAUUUUAGUUUUGUGUUCAACCACGCUAUUUCAAACCAACGUGAAAUCUAUCAUUUUACUCUGAUGUAAAAAGAAAAACAAGAAAAAAAGCACAAAUUAUAAUAUUAUGCAUAGAAACUUUUAUAAUAAUUAAUAAUAAAAACCGGACAACAUUUGUCGAUUUAUUAUAAAUAUAAA